CUAACCACCCACCAAACUCAUUAACGGCUAGGAAAUUAAAGCCAAAGCGGGUUUAUUUAUUUUCUACUUCGGCUUCGCGACUUUAGCUACGGUGACCGACGGCCGGAUGGAAAUCAGUCCAACCAACUAGUCUUUAUCAAUGGCUACGGUUACACGUGUCCCAUUUAUAUCCUCAUCAAAAACCUUUGGUCAAUGCAGUAAUAAAUGUAGUCAGGUGGCAUCAUCAAUACCGUUACUUACAAAGCUUUCGUUUCCAGAAUCUUCUUCUCUCGCAUAUCACUCUAGCUAUUUUUCAUCCUCAAUUGUAACGAAAAGAAGCAGAAAGUGUUGUUCUAGGAGAGCAGGAGGGGUGACAAUAGUAUCAAUGGCUGAUUUGUCUAAGAGUACUGUUCUUGUUACUGGUGCUGGCGGUAGAACUGGCCAAAUAGUAUAUAAGAAACUUAAGGAGAGAUCAGACCACUAUGUUGCUAGAGGUCUGGUCAGGACUGAAGAGAGCAAGGGGAACAUUGGCGGGGCAGAUGAUGUUCUUGUUGGGGAUAUUAGGGAAGUUGAUAGCAUCAUUCCUGCAAUCCAAGGCAUUGAUGCUCUGGUAAUUCUCACGAGUGCUGUACCAAAGAUGAAACCUGAUUUUGAUCCAAGCCAAGGUGGAAGGCCUGAGUUCUAUUUUGAAGAUGGAGCAUAUCCUGAACAGGUUGAUUGGAUUGGUCAGAAAAAUCAAAUAGAUGCUGCUAAGGCUGCCGGAGUGAAGCAAAUUGUGUUGGUUGGGUCUAUGGGAGCAACAAACCCAAAUCAUCCCUUGAACAGCUUGGGAAACGGGAAUAUAUUGGUUUGGAAAAGAAAGGCGGAGCAGUACUUGGCUGAUUCUGGUAUCCCAUACACAAUUAUAAGGGCUGGAGGCCUUCAAGAUAAAGAAGGUGGUAUCCGAGAAUUAAUUGUUGGUAAAGAUGAUGAGCUUCUUCAGACAGAAACUAGAACAAUUGCCAGGGCCGAUGUUGCUGAAGUAUGCAUUCAGGCACUGCAGUUUGAGGAGGCGAAAUUUAAGGCAUUUGAUUUGGCCUCAAAGCCUGAGGGCACGGGUACUCCGACCAAGGACUUUAAGGCUCUUUUCUCCCAAAUCACCACUCGUUUUUGAUUCUCAGUGGCCUUAGUUGUGUUGAAGGACGAUGUCAUUGGCCGUCUGAGUUUAUAUGUAAGGUGACUGUCAAUUUUAUUAUAUGCGGAUUGUAAUACGUUUUAUUGAUUAGGGUAAAGAAGCUUAGGAUUUAUUAAACUAUCAAUUAUUGACUACUCUGAUUACUGAAAGUUUUAUUGUUGGGAUAUUUAUGGCUCGUUUUCUUUUUUUUUU